AGUGUUUUGGAUUUACUCCAGUAGCUCUAUUUAGAGAUUUCUUCAUGUUUCCCAGCCAGUCAGUUUCCAUCAGUGCUGCUGCCUCAAGAGAGAGAAUGGAGUCCAGUACAGCCUAAGUGAAAGAAAUGCAGUAAUCCAAGAGGGAAGUUGUUGGGUUUUUUCUUCAUUUGGGGCCUUUUCUGCUGAAGGUAUGCAAGCUUUUGCAUUUGACAGAGUGUCCUGGUUUUCAGGCAAAAACGAAGCGUCUGUGUGUAUAACCUUACUGGAGCCACAAUGGAAGCUUUUUAGUCAUUUAAUGUAAGUACAACCUUCAGAAUAAAUUGUUGAGAUAAUAUGGAACUCUAAAAGCCACUUCUAUUGCCUAGGGAAAUUGUUCUUUAAAAAAGAAGUUUAAAUUCAACAUGUUUGUAGAUACCAGGUUUUUGAAAUCAUUUUCUGAUUUUGUACAAAAGGAACAGAAACAAGUAUUUUGAGACAGUAUUCACACGUGUUGUGUACAUGUGGAUAACAUUCAUAUAUCUACUCUUACCAAAUAAGUAUUCAGUUUGUAAGAAAAGAAGUGCUAGAGCACAGGUCAGCAACCAGCACUCCAAGGGGCUAGAAGCAGCCCCCAAUCUCAUUUUAUGCAGCGUCCAUCACCUGAAACUACCCUAUUCUGCUUCAUCAGAGUUCCUUCCUGUUCUGUUCCUCAUUUUUCUUGUUUAAGUGAGUUCCCUCUCCAUUUUUUUCUAUGUAGUUUGAGAACAAUUGCAUCAUUAUUUUAUUUGAUAAACAUAAAUUGAUUUUUUAACAACUUUCCCCCUGGUUGUAGGGAAAGGAUGAUUUUCCUUAGCUAUCUGAAAACAAGCUGGUAUGCUUCUACCAUACCUGUUUGUAUAGCACACUAAAGUAAAAAAGAAAUACAGUGCAGUAUUGUGGUUAGAGCAGGCAUCUCCAAACUCGGCCCUCCAGAUGUUUUGGGACUACAGUUCCUAUCAUCCCUGACCACUGGUCCUGUUAGCUAGGGAUGAUGGGCGUUGUAGUCCCAAAACAGCUGGAGGGCCGAGUUUGGGGAUGCCUGGGUUAGAGUGUCAGAGUAGGACCUGGGAGACCAAAUCCGUCCUUGACCAUGAAGCUCACUGAGAGACCUUGGGCCAGUUACUCUCAUCCUCACCUACCCCACGGGGUUGUGGGAAUUGGAGGCGGAAAACUGUGUCUUCCACCUUGAGCUACUUGAAGGAAGACGUGGGAUACAAAUGCAAGAAAUAAUAACACAAAAUAUAAACAAACUACUAAAAAGUAUAUAUUCCAACUUUAAAAAACCCCACCCCACAGCCAUAUGACUGACAACUACGUGCUGUGUGAGGAAGCAUUUUCUUUUGGGUCUCCUGAAUCUUCAGACACUCUGCCUUCAUUGCAUGUCCAGGAGUUCUAAUAUUAUGAGCAGGAGAAGAAACUUCUCUUUUGGCACUUUUGGUCUGGAGUUGGUGUGCCUUUUGCUUCAAGCUGGAGGCGUUGGUCCCCUCUGUAUUUGAAACGAGAUUUGUGUGGGGCUGUGAGGAACGAACGAGUCUUCUUUCGAAGUGAGAAGCCUGAUAAGGAGCCCGUUGUCCUUCGAGGAGCAUUUCGGGUGCCAAAAAAAAUGAAGCCGCCGGAUACGCCCGUGUUUUCGCGGCGAGAGCUGCAGUACCCUGUGCCUGCCAGGAGGGGGCGGGCUACCUGGGGAAACUGCGAGAGGCAGGGAGAGAGAGGCGGGGCGGGGCGGGGCUUGGAAGGAUGGGGGAGGAGUCGGGCCGCUGCCCUUGCUGUCGCCAUGGAGACGGGCCCCGCGGCCUGACCCGCGCCGAGGAGCCUUUGGUCCAGCAGGGCCUGCCCUGAGGAAGGGGGCCCCUCAGCGCCCUCCCGAUCCCGGGCAUGAGGCGGGUGUGUGGCCGCCCGGAACCGCCACUGAGCUGGGGGGGGAAGGUGAGGAGGACGGACUCGGGCCCCCCUUCCCCUGGUGGGUGGGGGUUGGAUUUAUACAGCCGCCGGAGUGAGGCCUUUCCCGUCGGGGGGAGAGGGGGGAUCGUGGACUUAUGGGGUGCUCGUGGUUUUCCACGAACCUCUAUGGAAGUAUUUUUUGGGAUGGAGGAAGGGACUCUGUGCCAUCACCGGCGUCUUGGCUUGAGAAGAGCUGGUCUCUCUCUGGCUGUCGAGUUUAAAUCUAUUUUAAUUUUUAUUAAAUCUACCUCUGUUUAAUUAGUGCUGGAAUUAUACUAAACGUUCUACGGAAGUGAAUGGCAAGCACGAUCCUGUACACGUUUACUCGGAAGUUAUGCAGGCAGUUAUCUGUGCACACUUUCCUAGGAGUGAGCCCCUUUGAUUGGGACACACAGUAGUAUAAGUUUUUUUUUUUUUAAUGCUUGUGGGACUUUGAAGACUUAACAAAUUUAUUAUGGCCAUAAGCCUUCCUGGACUACAGUCCACUUCAUCAGAUGUAUGAAGUCUUAGUUAUCCCGUGUUACAGGUAUAGUUAUACACUGGGUGCUUCCAGACAACCUGUUUAUUAUUCAGUGUUCAGACAUCCAGAUUUAUUUUCAGGGAGGCUAGACACUUUCAGCCAUAGAUUUUCAACCUUUUUGAGUCCAUGGCUCUCUUGAUGUUUAACUGAGCUUCCUGGGCAUGGCUGGACCGCGUAGCAUGUUGAGAACUGAAAAUGCAAGUUUUCCAUUAUAUGUGCUUUCCUUCCACUGACUGGCUUUUUCUUAAAUCCUAUUUGAGACAUUUGGACAGUUGUGAUUUAUGAACUGGCACUUUAAUUUCUCCAUAUUAGUAGCCUCUGAACAUCUCCUGAUAUACUACACCUAAUUUUCUAAGGCAUGGGCCGCUGUUUCUCUGAAAGGUACCUCAGUUUUCACUUUUCCGAACUCGGAAAGGCAUGUGGAAAAAUAACUCCCCUUCUUCCCAGCUUGGAGACAAUAUGUUUGCUUCCAGUUCUAACCAACCAGAUCACUAUAUUUCUUUCCUCAAUUAGCCUUUGAUAAUUCCGAUAACUUUUAAACACUCACUCACCAGCUAGUUCUUACUAAGGUGGUAGACAGUGUUUGAAACGCUCAUUGUUUUAGGUGCAUUUUGCAACUUGGACUUUCAUUAGCAUGAGCAGUUUCUGAGCUCUGGGCGCAGUACUGCACCUAAAAUUUCAGAAUAAGACUGCAGUGUGGAAGCAAAGGAGGACUUUUUUGUGCCUCCCCACUUCCAGCUACUCUCUGAAGACUGGAGAAGAGACCCUCUUAAGAAUAUUAGGGUGGUGGACAGGGGAAGGACUAGACCAUGUGAAAAAAUGGAACAUAAUAUUUUAGCUGUAGCACAUUCAUUUUCAGCAGUGUAUUCUUGUUAUUAAAAAAGCGCACAUAGACAUUCCGUUGUUGUUCCCAUAACCUAGGUUUAAGGUUCCAUUUAGCUCCUAGCUUUCAUAUCUCAGUUUCUAACACUAGUGGUAGACCUGUGUCUGGGCUGUACCACUUCAGACUGUGGGGAUGCUCACAUAACUGAAUGGUCUUUUGUACAAAAAGUGUUCCCUAUGUAGAAAACUAGCUUGUCUAGGAGAAGAUGAGGCAAGAAUCAUUUUGCUUGACAUAAAGGGUAAUAGUGAUAGUUAGAGUAGACCCAUUGAGAUUAAUGGCUCUCUUCUGAUUUAGCUGGACUGGGGGACAUUCCAUUAUAUGAGUGCCCCCCUACUUGGACAGACUGAAAUUGUGCAGCCUAGACAAAGGUUUACCAUUUAAGUGAGAACUAGAUUGUAGUAUUGUUACAUGUCACCCCAAUCUCUGAGCAGUAUGAGAUUCCAGAGGUUCCAGUUGCUUACUCAGGGUUCAUGUUUCCUUUGGAAUAAGGUUCGGCAGAGACUGUGGUGUCUUUAUGAUGUAUGGUUUGGUUGACAUCCAUCUGUCUCGGGAGACAAUAGAAGAGUACACUUUUGGGGGUGAAGUCAAACUGUUGGAGAGUUACAGUGCCUGCUGUGGCUGUAGAGACCAAUAGGGGAGAGACAUGUUUUGUUGCAGCUGGGGCAGAUGAAGGCAUCUGGUUGUUCUGAUGCAAGUGUACCAAGGCAUUUCUUCUUUCUGCCCUCCUCCCAGUGGUCAUUUGUCCUCUGGUCACUACUGUGGAUAUACAACCUCUGACUGACUGCUAUAUGGUUUAUUUACACAUAUAUACAACCUGAGUGUAUGAUGAGGGUGGUCACAGCAUUAGCAACCCAAUUUGGUCUUGCUUCUCCUAUAGCAUUGGAUUCAAAUGAAAAUCAGGCACCCCCCCCCACCUCUCUCUUACUUAACAGCCUACUGCUUUUACACAUCUAGCUCACAUCACUCAACUAUCAACUCUGGCGUUUGUCUUUCUAACUAUCAGCAAGUUGAGGGAAAUCAUAGUGUGAUUGAUGCUGUGUAAAUUCCUGAACCCUCGGGUACAAUGUAAGACUUGACUAGGUAUGGGAGCUUCUGUUAAGUGCUGUCUAGCAGAGCUAUAGAUUUAUAUAUUUUUGUCUCCUUAAUCAUCUGCUGUGAUUCAUAAUAAUAUGAAUGUUUACAACACUUUUUUUUAAUCCUCACAACAAUCCUGUAAAACAGUCUAAUAUUACUAUCCCUGUUUUCCAAAUGAAGAAGUCUGGAUCAGAAAAAAUAGUGGCUUCCCUAAACCCAUCUAGUGCGUACAUGAUAGAGAUCAGAUUUUAACUAGAGACAUCCAGACUUCACAAGCUUUCUGUGGUUGCCAUUUGAGACUGUUGCUCUUUCAAAAAAUGUUUGCAAUCCCUGACCACGAAAAUUUGGGUGUUGUGUAUUUGAGUAUUGUGAGCACAUGUGUGCAGUCCUCGUGUUGUUGUGUGUAUUUAUAAGAAAGUGUCUAGGAGAUCUGGCAAUACACUAGUGUUGUGUUCCCUAGGGAGUGGCAUCAAAAGUCACUCCUCUGCCAAUGCAUAAAAUCAGUUGCUUUAGCCUCUGCUUAAAAAAAAACAAAAAACCUCUGUUAAAGGAGAAUCAUGAAUUUUCACCUCUUGUAGAAGUGUCUGUUGUGUUCCAGUUUCACCAGCCAAAGCAGACAGUGGAUAGCUUGCCUCUUUUUAGCUUUUGUAGUUCAGCUAGUUUCAUAUAUUGGAGAAUGAAGUGGGCUUUGCUUUGCAAUAAAGGAUGACCUAUUUGGUGGGCUUUUCCAUCACACCUGUCUUCACUGGAUAGAGAUGAAAUGGGUCAAAAAGCAAAACAUACAAAAUUGUUUUAAAAAACAGUAUUACUUAAAAUGUAAAGUAUCAUUUUUGUAUUGAAGGCUUUGGCACAGAAGCCUUUAUGUAUCGUAUUUUUUCAAAAGAUUGUUUUUGAUAUGAUUUAAUCCUUCUAAUUUACUCUUGACUAUCUACAGAGAAAAGGACUGUGGGCCUUAUGAGAACAUUUUAAGAGCUACAUGAUCAGAUUAAAGGAGCCUGCACUGAGAAACUGAGGCCACCAUCUUGCGGCUGGGGUAAGGGAAGCCUCCAUGACUUCUGCAACUUUUAUAGUCUUCCAUGGCCUUGGGCUUCUCCAGGUUACACACACCUUGUGAAGCUUAGAGUUUUCAUGUGACGUCUUUGCUUGUUUGUAAUAAAUAUCAAGUAAGGGUGCUUGUAUUAGAUUUGUGCAGAAGACAAAGUAGCUGAACUUGUGGAGAUAAUCCAGUCCUCCUCUUCCCUCUGUUUGCUUGUCAAAGUACUUAGCAUAAAUGCAGAAAGUCAUUAGACAUACAUACUGGUUAAAGGCAGGCAUAUGGACAGGGGAGGGAAAACUUUGCUUCAGAACUACUUAUGUUUGGUGAGAUAUGUUUCCACAGUGCACUAAAGCACACAUACUCAUUCAGCUACGGGGGUUGGGAUGCAAAGCAUUACACAGUUCUCACCUAGAGCAAUAGCACACUUGGCAACAUUGCACCUAUCUCAAUGCCUAACAGUAUAACAGAUGUAACCUUUAGACCUGGUCUAAGCAAACCUCCAAAGAGACAAGGCCAGCUGCAGUAUGGGGUGGUCUUUUUAUUAUUUAUUUAUUUCAUAAUUUUUAUACUUCUUUCUUUUUAAAAACCUCCAAGUGGUUUACAGAACAACAACGUUAUCAGUAGAAACAGUUAAAAGCAACUGUUUAUUGCUGGUUUUUUUUUAAAAAAGUUUCAAACUAAACAGAUUAAAACACACAUGAACAUUCUACAAAUCAGGUUGGGCUUGUCUGAAGAAAACUGUGUUUAGCAGGCAGUGAAGGUGUCUGCCUGAUGUCAAUAGGCAGGAGGUUCCAAAGUGUGGGUGCUGCCAUACUUAAAGAUCCAUUUCCUACAAAUGUAGAACAAAUUAUGUUAUGUGGCACCUGUAACAGUGCCAGUUCCGCAGUGGGUAUAUUUGGGCAACGCAAUUGAUCUUUCAGAUAAAUAAAGCUUUCUUUUCUGCUUCUGGUAGAUGAACAUCUGCAAUAAACCACCUAAUAAGACAGCACCAGAGAAGAGUGAUGAAGCAGCUCAUGAGGUCCAGUCCCAGCAUGCCCGGAGAAAUGGCUGGAGCUGGCCUCCACAUCCAUUCCAGUUUGUUGCUUGGCUGCUCUACCUCUUCUUUGCAGUGGUUGGCUUUGGUGUCCUUGUGCCACUCCUGCCUGCGCACUGGGUUCCUGCUGGGUAUAUUGUAUCCUUACAUGUUGAUGUUUCAGCAUAGUAUUGCAAAUACAGCUGUCACAAUUACUGGUGAGGUAUUUAGGAAUGGUAGAAAACCUUUAGUGAGCAAAAUCACUGAGUGUUCCUAUCGUUCAGACUAUACCCUUACUUUACUGCAAUUUGUAGGAUUGUUGCAUUUCAGUAAUAUCUUACGCUUUCUAAAAGAAUAAAUGCAAUUUUCUGUACACUAAUGGCUCAUGCCGUUUUGCUGUGUCCUUUUGCUCUCAACGCUGCCCACAUUCCUUGUUAAUUUUACUUUUCCUGUGCCUUUGUGAAUGAAUGAUAAUUUGAAUCCUUUGACUCACUUGGUGACAAAAGAGACCUUUUUCUUAACUGAAGAGAUUAAAUCUGAUAUUUUGCCCACUUAAAUGGGACCCUGAAAAUGAGAAGUCAGUAUAUUUGUAGAGACAACCCUUAACUGUGUCCACUUCAGUGUCCCGGAGUGUUUUUUCUCUGCCAUCUAGUAGUUCAUCUUACAGCAGUUUCUAUUGACCCAGCUGAUGACGGUGUGCGAGAGAAGAAUUACCAGGGGCCACUCACUACUUUCAAUCGAAGCCAGCAUGCUCACGUCAUUGAAAACCGCCACUGUCACAUCUGUGAUGUCAAUGUGUAAGUAAUAGUCUUGCUCUUCCUUGUGUUUUCUGUAAGUUUAUUGCAUUGAAUCCUCUCACAGACAGCAGUCAAGUAUUGGAAAUAUCAGAUGAAGCAUGUGUGUAAUAGUUGUGGAGUUAUAUUCUACCUUCAUUGGAGAACUGGAGAUUUAUUGAGCACAAGGCUGUCAACUAAAUACCCAUUUCUGGUUCCAGAAGCAGUCCAGUCCUUAAUUUUUCCUCAGUUCAAGUUAUGGAAACAAAUACUGCCAGGGCAAUGAUUUUUCCUGUUGGUAGGGUCCUGUGUUUUUGUUGUUGCUUCAUUUCACUGGAAGCCAGUGGCUCUGCUACAUUGGUGGCAGGAAGUCAUGGACAGCGCAAUAACCACCAGCACCAUUGUGUUUGUGCAUUGGACACAGUGGUUAGGUAGGGAUUUUGGCUUGCCCAACAUACUCGUCUUUCAGUAUUAUUGUAGCAUUAAGAGAGAGGCUAGAAUGAUCUUGCUCAGGUGUGCUGCCAGGAAGCAUAAAAGUCAGCAGCAAUUAAGAAAAGAGCAGUGGUCUCAUGCUGCUUCAUUGCAUUUAAGUGGGAGUUGCAUUGUUGCAAAAUAUAUAAGUAGGCUCAAUUGGGUUUGUAGCCGGAGAGAAAGAAACGGGAAGAAAGAGAGUGUGUAAUGUUGGUCUUUAGUAGACUUAGGUGUGCUAUUCUUCCCCUUUUCUUUGUGUUUUAGGCAUCUAACAUAGCAUCCCAGACUGUGAGAGGCAUGAGCAACAAACUGUAAUUAGUUCUGUUUUGCAGGUUUUAUCCACUCUAACAUGAACAUUCCUUUCUUAUUGUUAGGAGCUCCAGAUCAAAGCACUGUGGGACCUGCAACAAGUGUGUGUGUGGAUUUGAUCAUCACUGCAUGUGGCUUAACAACUGUGUGGGAGAGAGGAACUAUUGGUAUGGGUCAUGUCUUUCAUAGCAUUAAUCCACACAAGCAAAGCUACUGUGCAAGACUGUUGAAUCAUCCCUGUGCCUUGUGCUUCAGCCACUAUUGUCCAAAUACCUAGUUUCUCUCCUUUUCAAAAUUACAGCAUACUCCAUACAAAUCAGAGAGCACCCUUAAGUUUGCAGGCAGAAUUGUAUGCCUACUUCUUCAGUAGCUUUUAAAAGGGAGCACAGAGUAGAACUUAUUUAGCCAAAGAUUUGGGAUCUCUGUUCAAAUGCUUAUUUUGAACCCUAACUCAAACAGCUGGACAUAGAGCUCACUUUCUUGCCCUGUUCCUUCUGGAUACUGAAGGUUAAGCUUUGUCCUCUUUUAGUAGCUCUGAAGUAGGUGAUGCCAACCUUUUUUGGCAUGUGUGCCACAAGUCAAACUUAAAUUAGGAUAGAGUUCUGUAGUGUGUGCCACAGUACAUGCACAUCCCUCUGGCCUUUGAGGCAAAAAAAAUAUCCCAACUUCGCUUAUACACGGAUGUGGUCUGAGCAGACAAUGAUUGACCAGGAAAGGGAUCUAAGGGUCAUGGUGCAUAGUUAAAAAACAAAACCACAAACCCAGUGUGCAUUAGUUAUAAAAAUAUGAAUUCCAUGUUCAGGGUCAUUAGGAACAGAAUUGAAAACAAAACUGCCAAUAUCAUAAUGCUGUUAUACAAAUCUAUGGUGUGACCUCUUGGAGUGCCAUGUUCUGGGAGUGAACUUUCAAAAGGAUGUUGUAGAGCAGGAAAAAGUUGCAGAAAAGGGCAGGAGCAACUCUCUUAUGAGGAAAGACCAUAACAUUGGGGGCUUUUUGGUUUAGAAAGAAAAGCAAGUUGCAUAAAAUUAUGAAUCAUAUGGAGAAAGUGGAUGGGAAGAACCGGGAUCAUUCAACAGACAGAGUAGUGCUAACUGACCUUCUAUUUCCUUGGCAGGCUUUUUCUGAACAGCGUGAUAUCUGCCAUCCUAGGCCUUCUCCUAAUCCUACUCAUUGCUUGCUACGUUUUUGUGGAGUUCUUCCUUAACCCCAUGAGACUGCGCACAGACCAGCACUUUGAAGGUAUCAAUCCACACUCUGCAUGAGGAACUGUCUCAAUGUGAACACUUUGUUCAACUAGGUUCCCUCAGGGAGCACCACUAGUAAUAAGUAUCCCAAUUAUCAUACACUAUUACAGCAUUCUAUGAUCAAGAGUGGCAUGAUGCAAUUUAUUAAAUAGUUAACAUCUAUAAAGAGAUGUUCAAGCUCAAAGCUUCUUAGAAAUUGUUCCCUUUGACCUGAGCAGCAAAGGUAUUUUGCACCUUCUCAGUAUCACUCCCCUUCAGAUGUUCCAUGGCUCCAGACUUGGCUUCAAUUUCCUUAUUUGUAUAAUUCUGUUUUCUAGGCCUGAAGAACCAGACGGAUGUGUGGUUUGUGUUCCUUCCUGCUGCUCCCAUUGAGACACAAGGACCUGCCAUUUUGGGUUUGACUGGGGUUCUGAUUCUCCUGGGGCUGCUGACUCUGUUCCUGUUGGGUCACCUGCUGAUCUUCCACAUUUACCUCAGUAGGUAUCACUUUUUAUCCUGAAGUUCAUGUUAAUUGGGAACCCCCGCUGUGCACAUGCUGUGUAAGGAGCAACUGGGAUAUGUUUUCUAUUGUCUAUAUAAAUACUCUGCAGAGACUAUAAAAAGAAGUAAGUAUUUGCACACAGGCUUCCAAUCUAAGGCACAAUACAAAAGGAAAAGGAAAUGAGAGAAGAGAAAAGACAAGCAAAUUCAGAUACUAAGUCUUAAAGUUACAUAAUUCCCCUCAGAAGUGACCAGCUGAACUGGCCACUGAGGAGGCAGUUUUGGGAGAAGAGAAGCCAAAUAGCAGUUGGUCCCAGCUAAGCUGAUGUAGUUGGUCUCUCUUCUCUCUGCUCAGAUUCAUCUUACUCUUCUUAGCAUUUUUAUUCCAACAGUUGUCUGCUUCUAUUCCCCAGUGGUUGAGUGUGUGUCUAUCCCAACUUUCAAAUGGUGGGGUAGUAACAAGCAGAAUGGCAAUUGUACAUUCCCAUUCAAAUAUCUUUCUAAAGUGUGAAUGCAGCUGAAGGUGAAGGUGACUGGGGCAUACAUUCACUUUUGGUCUGGAUAGACAGUGGAGUUCAUAGUACUCUCCCAUCACAGUUCUCCAAGGACAACCCAUGACUUUUGUUUAGAUUGGAGUAUUUUGCAUGCAGUGUUUACUUAACACUUCUGCCCUUUGAUUUAACAAUGAAAAAUGUAUUAUUUAUUGAGAACCCAUAAGGAGGAUGUUAGUUAAUAAUUCUGAGCUUUUCCACCUUUAUUCAUGCAGUGUCUGAGCUGGCAGAUUUUCUAUCAUUUAAUUCUUCUCUUUUCCGUUUCGUUAGUGUGGCAUCGAUUGACCACCUACGAAUACAUUGUGCAACAACGCCCCCCUCAGGAGAUGAAGGAUCCUGUCAAGCAGCUAGAAUCCUGCCCUCCUCAAGUGAGGCCUAUUCAGGUAUUGCAGGGGGGACCAACCUGUGACCUAUGGGCUGGAUCUGACCUGACAAGGCACACAGAGUAGUUUGCUGGCUCCUGCAGCUUAUCUUCCAGUCUCAGCAUGGUGGUACCCAUUACUGAGAUUGAGAGUCAAAGUGCUCUGCUUGCUCCUUAGAGAUGAAGUGUAAAAGACAGCACUGUGGUGGUGGUGUUUUAAAACCUACAUUGGGAAUGUAUUUAAAAUCUUACCAUAAAAGGUCUUUCUCUCGAGAGCUGGCAAAGCUGCUUUCUGCAGGGAUCGGGGAACUCAGUCAGGCAGCUGAUCCAAUUGUGCCUCUCCCUACCCCACACCUGGCAUCAGGUUUGGAUGAAAUGACCUUGUGGGCCCAAUUGGGACCCAUGCCAAGCCAAGUUGCACCCACAGUCCUGGGAUUUCCCAACCCUGAUAUAGAUAGAAAAAUCUCCUUUAAAAAGAAGAAUUUUAAAAAGAAUAAUUAAAAAAAUUGAUUCUCAUGCAUCAUAUGCCUGAUCAAUCCUCUCUUGGAAUGUAUAGACAGUAUUCACAUUGACAGUAAAUUCAGUUGUACAAUUUAAAGAAAUCAUCCAUUCCAAGUGGAUUUUGUGCACUUUGGGUACAAAGUGAUCUUCCAUAGUCUCUCAGCACUGCAUGGUGAGAGACAGUUUAGCUUGUAUACUCGAAUCUAGCUUUGAGCUGAAUUUCAAAUAUGUAAGAAACUUGUGCAGACUAAAACCAAGCUGUCAAAGGGAGGUGUAAGCCAUGACUUGAACAUGGCAUUAAUAGGGAGCUAGUGACUUUUAAAAUGAAGUGAUUGAUAGUGUUGGUGCUCAACUAAACACAGCAUAAUUUUAUAUAGUUCAUAAACAAUUGCCCAAGCCUUUCAUCUUUUUAUCAUCUAAAAUACAACUAGAAAAAGUGAACUAUAUGCAAGUGCCUCUCAUUUUUGUUCUGGUUGAGAUUUUUUAAGAUGUUGCAAUCUAUGCAUGUUUACUUGGGAACAAACCCCAUGGAACAUACUGGGACCUCCUUCUGGGAAAAUAUAUUAUAGGACCAGGCUUUUAAAAAGUAUCAAUGAUGUUGAAAGUUGAAGUUAUAUAUCUUAAUGUUUUAUUAAAUUAAAGAUUGGGAUUAAAAAAGUGGAAAAGAAACUGGACAAACAAUGUAGAUUGGAAUACAAAAGAGGGAGGUAUGAGGAAGUCCAGAAAAUAAGUAAUUUAAAAUUGGAAAUGGAAAAGAGAGUUUGUUUUUAAUUGUUAUGUUUUGUGUUUUUAUUGUUAAGUUUUGUAUUGUUUUUUGUGUGUGUUGUUUUUCUUUUUUUGUUUGUUUAAAAAUUUAAUAAAAAAUUAUUGAAAAAAUAAAAUAAAAAGUAUCAAUGAUGUUGAAAUCUACAGGUACCUGAGCUAAAUAACCAAAUACUCCUUCCGUGCCCCACAGUAUGGACGCAUUUGUAGAAACAGGGUUUUACAGUAAUUUUGACUUACAAUAAAGAGAGGGAAACUAACUUGCCAGGAUGCCUGGGUUGUUCACUUGCCUCUGUUUUAAAAUAACUCUUGCACAUUUCAGGAAAUGCAGUUUUAUGUAGGAAGCCUUGGAUAUACCAAUCCUGAGAUCCAGGUGGAAGACUCUACAGGACUAGCAUCUGGGAAAGAGUGAGUAAAGCUGAUGUCAAGUUUCUUUUCAUAUAACUGAGCUUACCUAGAAGCUGUUCUAGAGACACAGCAGGUAGUUUAAUGAAGUCACUCCAAGGGGAGGAAAAAUUAGCACUUCCAGUUUUUCCAGGCAUCUGAGGUGUCAUAACACCAUUCUCAAUGUACAUAAUCUCAUAGGUACAAGUAGAGAGGUUAGCUGUUUGUGUGAAUGGGCUAUAAGAGAAGUUUCCCUGUGUAUAAAUGUUACUAAAGGGACACAUGAGCAACUUUUAUCAAAGCAUUUCCUCAAAUCAUGGAAAAGAGAUUAAAUACAAAUUAUAAUAUUAAGAUGAAAUAUACAGAAAUUCUCCACAUUGCAAAUGGAUUUCACAUGAAGAAGAAAAUUAUGUUAAACUAUUAUAAUUUACAUGGUGUGACAUUUUUAUUUUGUUACUUCUUGUUUUUGUAUUUUAAAAAAGCAAAAACUGAAGGCAUUUCUUCUUUCUGAAGAAAUUCUGGGAGUUCAGACUAGAACUCCAGUAGCAAAGGCUUGAUGGGCUGACAAAGGAGGUGAAGCUUGUAUCAAUUGCAAUGUAGAUGGAUUGGUAUGUAAGAAAUCAGCACUGCCUAUUCUGUUUUCAGCCUAACCAAGUUCUGCAUUCGCAGUGAUGGCUCAGACACCAAGCUCAUCCUCACCCCUGAGCAAUCAGAGGUGCAAGAUGGAGACCAGCCACAGGUGAGAGAUAGAGCUGUGAAUUCUAGUCUUUUGUGCUGGGGCUGUGCUGCUGCGCCUGAUCUUGGGGCAUAAGUCAUCAUGCCACACUUCCUCUUUCAUCUGCAGCUGUUAUCAUUUACAGCUGAACUUGUAUCCUUGACAUCUUCCCUUCUGUGGUUAGUGGCCCUUUAUCUGCUUGUAUCCUUCCAUUGAGCAAAAUUACAAAGUUCAUACUUUGAUGGCAGUAUGAGGAAUGGGGUUCUGAAUGCUCUUAAACUGAAAGCAGUAUUGUACUGAGGCUAAAUAUGAAAAGGGUCAGAUGUGCACUUUCUCCUUUUCCAUGUUUUCAUGGAAAAUCAUAUCUCUCAUUCUGAGGGUAUUUAUUAUUUUAUUUUUUAAAUUGUAUACCACUUAACUGUAAAAAAACAACAACCCUCUUCUAGGCAGUUCGCGCGCGCACACACACACACACACACACACACACACACACAGGUUAGGCUGAAAAAUAGUGACUGGCCCAAGAUUACCGAGUGAGCUUCAUAGCUGAGAAGAGAUUUGAACCUGAAUCUCCCAAGCCCCAGACCAACAAUCUAAUGUCUGCAUCACACUGACUCUCAAUCAUCAGUUAUAAAACCAUUUUAAAAUGGAAGGAAGUGGUGCUAGUUUGAUACCUACCAUCUUACUCGUUGUUUUACUUUUUAUCACUCCUCCCUCCUUCCUUAAAGGGGAUCAGUGGGACCACAUUGUUCUUUGCCCUUGCUCCCCCCCCCCCCCCGUUAUCCUCAGAGGUUUUUAGACUAAGAAAGAGUGACUGUUCCUAGGUCACCCUGCGAGCUUCAAGGCUCAGUGGGAAUUUUAACUCUGGUCAUCCAGGUCCUUCCUUGUCACUCUAAUCUGGGAUUGGCUAAGCACCCAAAGCAUUUUUCCCUGCCUCCAAGUCCCCAUCUGUUGUGGCAGUUGCAAAGCCAUUGUUGUUUUUUAUUUCUCUCUGCUCAGCCCACUCCCUAUUGGAAACACAACUCACUUCCUCCCUGGUCAUCAGAUUAAUCAUUUUAUGAGCAGGAAGGGAGUGAUAACACUCCCUCUUCAGCUGAUCAGCACAGAUCAGCUGAAGCAGGAGGCUGUGUGAUUAUUCCCAUGAGUGUAGCAUGAGAGUGUAUUUUGGCCACACCACUGGCAUUCAACCCCAGUGGGCUGGCCAAGGGUGAAUCUGGGCCUCGGGCCAGUAAAAGGUUAGCCACCCUCCUCUAACCAUUAAAACUGCAAUGAUUUAAAGCGGAUUUGUCUUGUUGUGUAACUUCAGAAAAAGAAGAAGAAGAAAAGGAGAAAGAAGUUGCAUAAAGUCCCCUCUUCUGUGUCAGAAGAAAGAUCCAAGAUGGCUGAUGGCCCAUGGUCCUCUCUUCCAGCUUUACAACCAGGUAAAAGGAAAAGGUGGAGAGAGUCAGAAGUAGAAAGUAUUCAAAGAGAGUUUAUGGGGUCAUGAAUGGUGUAUGAAGGCAGGCAUUUUCUUAGUUUAAUAAAUAACCUUUCAGUGUAUAGAAAUUUUGGACAUGGCAUUAUAUAGGACGUUAUAGACAUGGUUUGUACUAUUGUUUUAAACAGCACAGUUCUUUUUCUUUUUUAUAAUUAUGCCCCCCCCCCAAUAAAAUAGGGAAAGUAAGAUAAUGCCAUAGAGAUCCAUAACCGCAGCUGUCUUCGGUUGAGCAGAGUUUUGUGGAAAACACUUUUCCAGGCCAAACAGCCUUUAGGGAGGCACCUCCUUUUCUCUUCCUGCCGCAUUGCACAGCCUCUAAACAUUGGAGCAUUUCUUCUCAGCAGCAGAAACCAUAUAACUAGCUAACCAAUCAGUAGAUUCCAGAUUUAACUGCAGAGCUGCCGCCUCUCCUUUCUCUAGCUCACUUCUUUCUACAUGCCAAAGAGUAGAUUCAUACUCCAAAGCCCAUGGAGACUGGAGCUCUGUUCUGUUUGCCUCUUGGCCUUUCUUGUGGAACAGGAGUGGUGGAUAGGAUCCAGCUGCUGGGCCUGAUCCUGAGUUCCCCUGAGUAUGGUAGGUGGGCAAGGUGGCCUACCUGUCAGUUCCUGUCAGUCAUCAGGUGAUGCAACAGAACUUACUAAUGUAAAUGCUGGUCAGUACUUAAAGCAAACCCCUCUUUGUGUGGGGAUUGGCUGCACUGUAGAGUUCCUAAUUGAAACAUUCCAGUUGGGAAUUCAGAAGCACAGCCAAUCCCUGCAAGGCUUGUUGUCACCACCAAUCAGGUGAUUGAUGCUGAUGGCAAGCCUCACUUGCCAAGGAACAAUCUGGGGCACACUUUAAGGUUUCCAAUUAUUGAUUUGCAGCCACAUCUCUAUCUGCCCACAUCUGAUACCACAUAUAAAGUCAUGUGUGGUUUGUGGAAGAUGUCUUCACAGGGCAUAUUAUGAGCCCUUCCAGACUUAAUUUGGUCUGUGGUCUGGAGGUUCCCUGCUGUUGCUGCUGAAGGAGGGAAAUAUCAUUUCCUAACACCCUCUUCCUCCUCUUAUGUUUGCAGAACUUUCCAUCACAGGUGCCACCUCCUCAACAUCCUCGUCCUCCAGCCUUCGCCUUCCCAUGCCGGCUGCCCCUCCCAAAAUAGUCACACCCACAGGCAGCAACGGUCCUGUCCAGGCCGCAGGUCCUCCAGCUGACUACCAUUCCGAGUCAGCCGAGUCCAUGGAUGAGAUCCCUGUGGCUCAGACGCGUCUGGGGAGCAGUGCCCCAAAUGCAGCUUCCCAAAGCAACGCUCGGCAUCUCCCCUUCCCCACCGUCCACUCCAGAGGGGGAGGAGAGAAGCACCAGAACACCACGCACAACCCAAAAGAGAAGAACUGUCAGCCACCUGCAGGGCAGCGGGUGGAAGAGCUGGAACUGUCUCCUAAGAUCCCAACCAUCUUUGUGAGCAAAAGCAGUGGGGAGCCACCUGUCCCCAAACCCUGGUCCGGUGAAACAUCAUUUGAACCCCCCCACAGAAAAUGCUCCAGUAAACGGCACGUGGAUGAUCAGGACUGCCACGUAUGGGACUCAACCACCAGUUCAACUGCAGCUUAGACAUCCUAAGAGCCAAGGCAGAAGAAGGGAUGUGUGGGCUGCUCACUCUCCAAAUAUAUUCAUGUUCAAGGAUUAAUCUUGAGUCAUCUGUCUUGCUCUCUGGAGCUGGCUGGUCAUGGCUCCUUGUUAACCUGCCUUUUGUGGAUGGGGGAGAGGGCUUAUUCUAUCAUCUUUGUAGCUUUUGCAGGGAAGUCAUUUUGCCUUUGAAGGCCAACGGAAUUGUAGAAAUCUGCUCCUGGGCAACAGUCUUUCCGCACUGAAGGGUACCAGGAGGUUUGAAGGUUUAAGGCUAAGCCUUAUAGGUGGUUGGAUUCUUAUUUCAACUCUCUUACAGAUCCCACAGAAGCAAGCCUGUGCCCUUUGCUUAACGCAGCAUAUUCCUAUGGGGUGCCAAAAGCAGCUACCACAACAGUGGAAGGGGCAGGGUGGGAAAGUCACUCGUCCUACAGUAGCAUGGAUUACACUCUCCUCUGGAAACUGCUCCCUGUUUUUCUGUCUCUCUGUCUGAAAGGGUUUUCUCUUUCUGUGAUGGCUUAUUCUUGCCUUGUAAUGCAGAUUCACUGGCCUCACAGUGGAGGACCUGCAUCGAUGGCCAAGGGCCAGAACCAGGGACUUUGAGUGGGUAGCUUCCCUUGAAAAUGCUGUCUGGGGAAAAUAAGGCUCUUUGCAAGGUGUGCAAGGAGAUAAGGCCCUAGGACGAGGCUCCUGGGUGCUUGUGAACCUCCUCAGUGUUUCACUGCUUGCUAUGGAGAGGGAUCAUGUGAUGGAGCACAUGCUCUGCAGCUCGAGCAGGGCGGGGAACCUGUCAUCCCUUCCAGGUGGUGGGUUGCAGUUUCCCCACUUCUGCCCUAGAAGUCUCGUGUUCCAUCCCUGGCAUCUUUAGUUUAUAAAGGCACAGGUAAACAGUACGUGAGACUGUGCCUGCGACCCUGGAGAACCACUGCCAGCCAGGGAAGACAACACUGGUCUAGACUGAUGAAUAGGUUGGCCUCUUGCAAAGCAGCUUCUGAUGUUCACGCAGCAAUAUUCUCGGGCUCCUUGAUCAGCUCUGUUUACAAUAAAAAAAAUUUCUAUGCUCUUUGCUAAAUAUUUUUCUCCACCACCACCCCGACUUUUGUGCCUUUGGUGAGGAUGAGCAGCAGUUUUACCUCUUUAGAGGCCCAAAAUGUUUCAGUGCAGAUUCGGUUGGAUCCUGAAUGCAGCAUCCCUCCGCUCUGAAAAUGUUGUAACCUUUUUUUGGGCGGGGGUGCAGUCAGCCCUUCAGUACCUCUUCAAAUAACUGCACUUUUCAACUGGUUAAAUACUCAGAGGACAAAUCUGAUUUGAUCUCUUCUGAGAACAUUUGGGAAUCAUUAUCAGUAGAAAUAAAAUCAGAUUUGUCUUCUGAAAGGACAGCUCAAGUAGGAGAGCACAUUUGUUUCAAUUCACAAGCUCUUGGGCGUCAAUUCCUGGCAUCUUGAAUAAAAGGAUAUCAAUGUCAGGGAUGGGAGUGAUUCUGCUUUGCCUGAGUUUCUGGAGAACUGCCAGUCAGAGUUAGUGCUGAGCUAGAUCGAUUAAUUGUCUGUGUUGGUAUAAGGCAUCUUUAUUUGUUCAGCAUAUUAGAAAUGACUCAUAAUACAACAUCCAACCUAAGUCCUGGUUCUAAAUGUGUUGAAGAAUAACCAGUCUUCAAAAUCUGCAAAUUAAAGUAAUCUACAGAGCAAGCUUGUAAAUCCUACAGCAGCCAAUACUUGCAGCAGUCAAAACUGAGGGAUUACGAAUCUAGAGUAAUCUUUACCAGUACUACAUGCUCUCUAAUCAGGUGGUCUCUAGGGACCAAACAGCAGCUUUAAAGUGAUUUGGGUGAUGAUUUUAAUCUGGAAAAUGGAAGGGAAGGGAACUUUUAACCUCCUCCUACAAUACCUUAGUCCCAGCCAGAUUCCCUUUCCCUCACAAUCUCCCACUGUCAGAUCUAGUUGUGCAUUGUUGGCUCUUACAAAAUGAAACCUCUAAUGGCCUCUAGAGGGCAGACUCUGAACAGAAGUGCACCAGAGCCCUAAACUAUACUUGCAUCUGCUGCUGCUGUGCGCUGGGUUGCUUGAUGUAUUAAACCUGACAGACAC